GUUUAUUUUUGUAUUAUUAUUAUAUAAUUAAGUAUCUUUCGUCGAGGGGUUUUUUGUUGUUGUUGUUGUUGUUAUCAUGUGUAUUUCGUGAAAUGAUAGUGGGCGUAGGACAAAGAAGUGUUAAAAGAAAAAGGAUCCCUGUUUAUCGCACCAGGACGAUAUCUCUCUAUGUCUUCUCGAAUUAUCGCUAAAGUUCGCACAAGGGAGUCCAUGGUCGUUAAUGGAUUUACGAUAUAUCCCUGUGAAUUUUCUCCCCCAUAAAGACUUUGAUGGACAACUAUUGUUUUUUUUUAAUCGAAACUACGUACAUGCACGUCCUCUAUUCAGAGAUCGACUGAACAGCUGACUCGGUGCAGUACAACCUCGUUGGAAGAAGGAAUAGCAAUUGAUAAGGCGGGUAACGUGGUGGAAAACCAAACGAUACCCAAGAUCAUGAGUGUUUGCAAGAACACGAUACGCUGGGUAAUCCUGAUCGACGUGCUGAUAGCAAUAAUAGUGAUCGUGCUUAUGGGAUUAUUGGAAUUUGGUAAUAUUCCACGCAAUCAAAUCGGCUUUUUCUGCAAUGAUCCGAAACUUUCCUUUAAAUUUACCGGAGACACAGUUUCCGUUGCCGUUUUAUUAACUGUUACCGCUACUAUGCCAAUUCUCGUGAUGUGGGUCAUCGAAUGCGCUAGCCACACAAGUAAUAGUUACGAUACAGAAACAAAUAGUAAUAACUCAAGAUUAAAACAAGUGUGGUUUUGGUAUGGCCAUUAUUUGAUAGGAAUUAUCACAUUGGUUGUUGGAUGUAACGUUAUGAAAAUAGUUAUUGGAGAACCUAGGCCACAUUUCUUUCAUACGUGCCAACCUCUGGAAGCUCGAAAUUGUACGAACGAAUACAUCGAGACGUACACUUGCACAAAUGUGGACGAUUCCAAUUGGUUCAUAGCAGAUUCGAGUAAAUCUUUUCCAUCGGCUCACUCGGCCCUUUCUGUAUUUACUUCUAUUUUUGUCGUAUGUUAUUUGCAACAACGUAUGACGGAUAGAACGUUGUUGAUGAAACCAUGGUUGCAGUUUUUGGUAUCAAUGUGGGCAGUGCUAUGUUCAUUGAGUAGAAUUGGAGACAAUAGGCACCAUUGGUGGGACGUAUUGGCUGGUUUGGUUAUUGGAUCGAUCAUGUCAAUCCUAAUCGUCAUAUUUCCAUGUCGCGUAUUUCGUUUGGAAGGAAAAAACUUGUCAUCCAAACAAGUUAAAAAUGAUUUUAUUGGCAACGAUCAAGUCGUAUGUUUCGAUGAUAAAAAUUAUCAAAGUAAGAAGAAAUUAGUGAACAGUACCAACAACGUCGACAUUCCUGAGGGACGCGAGUUGCGUGACAUUACUGUAUCUUGGAAAGAAUGAUUAUCGGAAGAAGAAGAAGAAGAAGACAAAUAUCUGUACAAUUGUAUUCGGUAGAUGAAAACGUAACAUUGUAUUUUAUUCUGUUUUUUUCCAAAAUCUGAUCAGAAAUGUUUAAUGUUUCAGUACCGAGUUCAUCGUUGAUUAUUAUCCAAUAGGGAAAGAUUUAAUAAUGUAUUAAACAACCCUAUUAGAUUUUAUUGCCGAUGCAUUUUGUACGUGGGUUGGAUGGAAUAGUUUUGAGUCUCUGAUAUAGAAACCAAUUUAUUUUUCGGACAAACUUAAUUUUUAUUUUUGAAAAUAAUUCUCCAAACUUUUCAAUCCACCCUCGUACACCUUUGUAAAUUAUAGGGCAUAUAAUUUAGUGUUAGAAUUCCAAAUUAAAUGUUUAAUUACACAAAAGUACCUUCGCAAAUUAUAGGGCAUAUAAUUUGAUUUUAGGAAUAGUGUUCAAAAUUUUCAAAUAUUUUGUAAUUUUACAAAAGUACCUUUGCAAAUAAUAGGACAAAUAAUUUUAGAAUUCCAAAUUAAUUACAUUCAUAAAUUUUACAAUUAGAUAGUACAAGAAUACAUCGUACUGUGAUGGAUACAUUUUUUUUUUGCGUGUAAAUGGAAACGUUAAAAUAAUAUUCACGAGAGAGAUAUGUAUGCAUGUACGUACGUGUGCGAAUGAGUGUGUGUUUUUUUUGAUCCCUUUAGAAAUAACUAAUCUCUCGUGUGCCAUUCUACGUGUAAAGAUGAUAAAUUUUUACGUUUUAUAGUUCGAUGGUAGAUGUAUAAUAGAAAGUACAUUUAAAAAACGUUCGUGCCUCGUCAUAUGUAAUAUAUCACUUUUAAUAUAUAGAUACAAAUAUAUCUAUAUACAUAUUGGUACAGGAAAGUCGAAAAUUGGUCGUGGGGUAACUAAAUUUUGGGGUCGCUGAAAUUGUAGCAAAAGUGAAAAAUUCUUGGACGUGUAACGAUCGAAAAUUAAUUCAAAAGUAGUUAACGUAUCUGUGAGUUUAUGAUAGUUGAAGAAAAGAUAGUAACAGAGUCUAUAAGCGAAGUUUGCGAAAAUAUUUGCUCGAAUAAAAAAUGGCCACCAAGUGGAAAUGUUUGAGAAGCUCUGAUAUAGAAAGUAUUUUGCAUGUAGGUUUUUCAAAGGAAUAUUUUGUCGUUACUGGUAAAGCGCGAAUGGAUUUCAUUAUUUUAUUUUUAUAUGCUAAAGUAUUUCAUUACCUUAUAUACAAAUGGUUUUUUGUUUUUCUUUUUUAUUGGAUCCAACGUCGAGAAAAGACAAACAAAAAAGACAGAAGUUUACGCAUUUAAGAUUCCUGCAUAAAGAGUGCGUUAUUAAAAUAUUUUAUAUAUAUAUUAAUAGAUAUAAAUUAUUAUUAUUCUUAAGAAAAUGUGUGUGUGUGUACUCGUUGAGAAACAUCGAGUACAAUGUAAAUUAUUUGAGAUAUUUUUUGUUCGUUUGAUUGAGUUAGAGUUGCUUUUAGGGUUGCGUUCCUUUAAAUAUUAACUAUAAACGAACAUUUAUUAGAAUAUAAAUGAUAUCUUCUCGUUUAAGGUAUAUAUUUACUCUUUAAUUUAAUUUAAUUUAAUGAGGGAGAAAAAGAGGGAGAACCCGAGUAAAAAGCAAUUAGAUUGAAAUUGUUUUGUUAGAAAAAAAAAAAAAAGACAUUUAAAUUAACAUUCCAAUUAUGUAGAACCUUUUACAUUUAUUUAACAUUUGCGUUACAGAUAUGAAUUUGUGUACCGUUGCAAAAAAGAUUGUAAUUGUAUUAUAACUAAAGUAUUAUCUGUAAGAUCAAUAAGAGUAUAGACGAAAAUCGACAGUAUUGAGAACGAUGAAACGAUAUAGUAAUUAAAAAAAAUAAACGUAACAACGCCGUCCUAAUAAUCUUAAAUAAAUAAAUUUUGCUCGAUUGGUGCUUCCAUUAUAUUAUAAAAAAAAGGGAACGCAUAAGUGAUAUAGUAUUGCUAAAAAAAAAAAGAAAAAAAAGAAAAAUAAUUAAAAUAGAAUAAAAGAAACUGAAAAAUAUUCCAGAAUCUUUAGACUGAAAUCGUACAAAUUGACUUUAGCGUAAAAUAAUAAAAUAAAAUAAAAAAAAAAAAUACAAAGUCAAUUUUUAAAUAUAUAGAUCAUUGCCUUAAAUCGUUAACGUUGCAACAAUGUAACGCGUGUAAUAGAAAUGUCAAUUAUUCUGAAAAUAAAGUAAACCUCGGUACAAAUAAAAAAAAUAUAUCCUUACAAUUACAAGGGUGAAAAACUACUUUUUAAUUCAAUCAACGUGAAGGAAAAAAAAAAUCACGAAAAAAAUUGUAAAUAAUUUAGAUAAUAGGAUAUAGAGAUAAAACAAUCCAAAUACUAUUGUCACUAAUUGUUAGUACGGCAUUUUCUUGAGAACGAAUAAAAAGAAGUUUUGAAAGAUAA